AAAGUCAAUAUCUGCCAGAACUCACACGUGGGCAAGCUUUGACAGAGCUGGCACUCUCUCUCUGUCCCUCUCUCUCUCUCUCUCUCUCUCAAGGCUUUCUCUUCUCUUCUCUUCUGAUUCAAGCCUCUGCGGCUCUCUCUCUCUCUCUCUGAGUAAUCCAAUACAUGGGUCACCAUCGAUCUAUGACAUAGAUGCCUCCUUUUGUCUGCUUUCUUAUAAAAAUUCGGUGACCUACUUUCUCUUGUUUAAUUUCCUUGCCUUUUAAGCACUCUCUUGCCCUUUUCCAUUCCUCUCUUUCCUUCUCUCCCUCCCCCACCUCUUCAAUUCAACUCUCUAUACACCCAGAAACCACACUGACAUGCUCUAAUAUAUUGAAUGUCCAGAGAAAGUUCUUGGCUUGGUAGGGAUCAGAGAGUUGAUGAGAUAGGAAAGAGGAUCAAGAGGGAGAUCGAUGCUUCGUCUCAUCAAAUGGGAAGGAGGCAUAUGCUAGGACCGCCGGGCACCACCUUGAACACCGCCACCCCUUGCGCUGCUUGCAAGCUGCUUCGCCGAAGAUGCGCCGAAGAAUGCCCUUUCUCCCCCUAUUUCUCCCCUCACGAACCCCAGAAAUUCGCCGCAGUUCACAAAGUCUUCGGCGCAAGCAACGUCUCCAAGAUGCUCAUGGAGGUUCCAGAGAGCCAAAGAGCGGAUGCUGCAAACAGCCUGGUUUAUGAAGCGAACGUGAGGCUUAGGGACCCUGUAUAUGGAUGCAUGGGCGCCAUUUCGGCGUUGCAACACCAAGUUCAGACGCUACAGGCGGAGCUGAACGCAAUAAGGGCGGAGAUAUUGAAAUACAAAUAUAGAGAGGCUGCUAACAGUAUCAUUAUUGCUUCUAGUACUGCUGCUUUAGUAUCUUCUGGGGCUGUGUCGGUUGCUGUACAGCCAUCGGUUCCCGUUUCUUCUUCUCCUCCUCCGCCCCCGCCACCGCCGUUGCCGCUGCCGCCUCGGCCGUCUGUUGUGGUGUCUUCUUCUUCUUUGUACACAUCGCCUGCUACUACAUCAGGCUAUAACUCCAUCCACAGUGACAGCAUUCCAUAUUUUGACUAAUUAUAUAUCAUCAUCAGUUGCAGUACUUGCAUUCCCAUCUUAAAACUUUAAACUUCUGUUUGAUAUAAUUAUUAUAGUAACCUCAUAAAAACUUUUGCAGUGGGUUUUCUGAUUACUAUUACAAUAUUAACCCCAAACCAGAAAGAAUUAAGAUUUCAAGUUUUCAUUUCUUGCCUUAGUGUGAAAUGUCUUUUACUUAAGCUAUACAUAUGUCUGAUGUAACAAAGCUGGCUAGGAUGAGGCACUGCAAGGGAACGGGACGGAGGACGAGUGGUUGCUUUGAUUUUCCGGCCGGCGAGUUAUGAAUUUCCGGUGAGAUUUCAAAAGCUUGGAAAGUAGUUCAUUGCACGUGUGGGGAAUAUAUAUUCUGACUGAACUUAAUUGAAAGUCCAUGGGUACAUGCUAGUCUGUGCCAUUAAAGGACCUGAAGGAUCAUUAAAGGAUGUGGAGGAGACAAAAGGCAUGGUGAUGCAUGUGGGUCUCCCCAUACCGAGAGUUGAAACUUCAAAUGAAUU